AUGAAACCUCUCGGGUUUGUGGAUCGAGAUCGUCCACAUUAUGUUUGUAGACUUCACAAGGCUCUAUAUGGAGUUAAGCAAGCUCCGCGAGCAUGGUAUCAGGAACUUCGCUCUUAUCUUCUUACCCUUGGGUUUGUCAACUCCGUUGCGGACACUUCGCUCUUUACUUUACAUCGACAUGGAACUACGUAUGUCUUGGUGUAUGUUGAUGAUAUACUGAUUACAGGGAGUCACGGGGAUCAGGUCUCUCAAUUCAUUUCACACCUUAGGGCCCGUUUUUCCCUCAAGGAUCUCGGAGAAAUGUCCUAUUUCCUCGGCUUAGAAGCAACCCGUACGUCGAAAGGACUUUAUCUUAUGCAAAAGAAAUACAUUGUUGACCUCCUCAUCAAGACGAACAUGUUACACUCUCGUCCGGUGAUGGUACCAAUGGCCUCCUCUCCGCCGUUAACUAUCACAUGUGGCACUCCACUCGCCAACCCAAGUGAGUAUCGGACUGUGAUCGGUAGUCUCGAAUACCUCUCCUUCACGAGACCAGACAUAGCCUACCCGGUCAACCGCCUGUCACAGUUCAUGCACAGUCCCACCGACCUACAUUGGCAGGCUGCGAAACGCAUCCUUCGGUAUCUCGCCGGUACACCCUCACAUGGCAUCUUUAUCAGCUCCGAUUCACCGACCAUCUUACAUGCAUACUUUGACGCCGACUGGUCUCGUAAUCUUGACAAUUGUGUUUCUACUAAUGCAUAUAUUCUCUAUCUUGGUGGGAAUCCCAUUUCAUGGUCCUCCAAGAAACAGCGGAGUGUUGCUCGGUCGUCGACUGAAGCGGAGUAUCGGCCGGUAGCAAACACUGCGGCGGAGCUGAGUUGGGUCUUUACUCUACUGUCGGAACUUGGUAUCACUCUCACCUCUCCUCUGGUAAUCUAUUGUGACAAUGUUGGGGCGACUUACCUCUCUGCCAAUCCUGUUUUCCAUUCUCGCAUGAAACAUAUAGCCAUCGACUUCCAUUUUGUUCGAGAAUAUGUCCAAGCUGGUGCUCUUCGGGUGUCUCAUAUCUCUAUCCAUGAUCAACUUGCGGAUGUGUUAACGAAGCCACUCCCACGUCAACAGUUCCUUGAUUGUACUUCCAAGCUUGGAGUUGCUCAGGCCCCUCCAUCUUGCGGGGGCGUGUAA